GCACCAAACUAACCUAAAUAAAUAAUAAUCUCUUCUAAUCUUUGAAGGAUACACAUGUUUAAAGAGAAUACACAUAUUCAUAUAUUGUGUAUCGUGCAUUGAGACUAUAUUAUAAUAAUGGGAAAAAAUAAAAGGACACGUAGAGUUGUAACACAAAGAUUUGCCCAGAUGAAGAAGAUGAUCAGUCUGAGUGAUUCACGAUUAAAACCAGAGAGACGAUUGCCAUCGAAGAAAGCUCCAAAGGAAGAUCUAUCUAAAAUAAAGAUUACAAGAACACCACAGCAAUCAUCAGCAUUGUUUUUUCAAUAUAACAUGCAGCUUGGACCACCGUAUCAUAUUUUAAUAGACACAAAUUUUAUCAACUUGUCUAUUAAAAACAAAUUAGAUAUUGUACAAAAUAUGAUAGAAUGUCUUUAUGCAAAAUGUACACCUUAUAUCACAGACUGUGUGAUGGGUGAAUUAGAGAAGCUUGGACAAAAGUAUAAAUUAGCAUUGAGAAUCAUCAAAGACCCACGAUUUGAGAGAUUAAAAUGUCUGCAUAAAGGAACAUAUGCAGACGACUGUCUAGUAAAUAGAGUGACACAACACAAGUGUUAUAUAGUGGCAACUAACGACAAAGAUCUCAAAAGAAGAAUACGAAAAAUACCGGGUGUACCAAUAAUGUACAUAUCUCAGCACAAAUACACAAUAGAACGAAUGCCAGAUGCAUAUGGCGCACCUAAGUAGUUUUACUUUAUUUAGAUCUUUUUUGUAAUAAUUAUGUUUUUAUUACAUUUUAA